AUGAGUUUUAGUGGAAAUAUUGGUUUGCUUACAGAAGUCGAUGGUUCAUCUCAGGUGGAAUGUGAAGAUACUAAAGUUAUCUGUGCAGUAACAGGUCCUAUUGAACCUAAAGCCAGGCAGGAGUUGCCUACUCAAUUGGCUUUAGAGAUUAUAGUUCGUCCUGCUAAAGGUGUUCCAUCGACAAGAGAAAAAUUGAUGGAAGAUAGAUUACGUUCGGUUAUUACACCAAUUGUAUCAUUGUACCAAUAUCCUAGGAAACUAUGUCAAAUUACUUGUCAGAUUCUGGAGAGUGGGGAGAGUGAAUACGAAUUUUCUCAGAAAGAAUUGAGUUGUUGUAUAAAUGCAACUUUGCUAGCUUUGAUUGAUUCUGGUUUAGCUCUAAAUAGCAUUGCUUCAAGUGUUUCGAUGGCUAUACUGAAGGGUUCUGACGAUGUCAUUAUAAACCCAACCAAUUCGCAAUUAUUACAGUCACAGUCGGUACAUGUUUUGGCCUUACAAUUAAUUGAAGGUAGUAGAAAGGUUAAAAAUGUCUUAUUCUUAGAUAGUAGUGGUGAUUUCACUGAACAACAAUUGUUCAAUGUUUUAGAAAUAGGUGAAAAAUCAUGUUUAGAAUUGGGUUUAACUCUAAGAUCGAUAAUCGAAUCAAAAGUAAAAUCUAGUUUCAUCUCAUAA